AUGGCUUCCCAGAGCCAGCUGUCCUUCAGCCAGCGUGCUCAGAAACACCCCCAUCCUCUCGUCAGGCGACUCUUUGAAAUAGCCGAGCGGAAAAAGACCAAUGUGGUGCUGUCAGCAGACCUGACUACGACCAAAGAACUUCUUGCCAUUGCCGACAGUUUGGGUCCGCAUAUUGCUGUCCUCAAGACGCACAUCGACAUUGUCUCAGACUUCGGCCCUGCCACCGUGGAGGGACUGAGCCAAAUUGCCCAACGCCACGACUUUCUUCUGUUCGAGGACAGGAAGUUUGUGGACAUUGGCAACACCGUCCAGAAGCAAUAUCGGGGGGGAGCACUCCGGAUCCACGAAUGGGCUCAUAUCGUCAAUGCCACGAUUCUUCCCGGGGAAGGCAUCAUCCAGGCGCUGGACCAGUCCAUCCGUGAUGGUGGGAUCCCUGAGCGAGGCAUUCUGAUUCUGGCCGAGAUGACCUCAAAGGGAUCCCUGGCAGUGGGAGACUACACUCGAAUAUCGGUCGAGAUUGCAAGAAAGUACCCCCAAAGUGUCCUGGGCUUCGUGUCAACGAGGGAGUUGUCCAGCCAUUCUCCUGGCGCCACGCGGGAUGAGGAUUUCGUAGUGUUCACCACGGGUGUCAAUAUGUCCAGUAAAGGAGACACGCUGGGUCAGCAAUACCAAACGCCUACAACGGCCGUGGAGGGCGGGUCUGACUUCCUUAUUGCCGGAAGGGGGAUAUAUGCUGCCACUGAUCCGGUGAGUGCAGUGCAGGAGUAUCAAAAGGCGGGCUGGGAGGCAUAUGAGCGUCGGGUAGGCUAA